UUAGCUAAAACAGAAGCAGAAAUUUCUGAUACAGUUUUUAAACAUAAAAAAACAAAAUUUUCACAAUUAGACCGUGCUAUGCAAUUAUGGGUUGAAAGCAUUAUUCAUGAAAGAUUGCUUUUAACUGAGGCAAUAAUCAAAGAAAAAGCUAUCUAUUUUGCUCAUGCUCUUUCAUUAUCUGAAAAUACAUUGAAAUUUUCUAAUGCAGAGAGUGUACCAAUUGAAUCACUUCCAGAAUUUCAACAAGAAUUAUGGGAAAUUAUUCAAGAGUUUACUAAUGCACAAGAUACAUCUGAUGAUGAAGAAUCUACCAAUCAGCGAGAUGAUAUAUGA